AUGAGAGAUGAUGGGUGGGAGCCUUUGCUUGCAACUGCUAAAUCAUUUUGUGAAGAAAAUGAUACGGAUAUUCCUAAUAUGAAUGCUCAUUACACUAGAGUUCGAGGUAGAUCUCGUCGUCAAGAUGAAGGGUCUUCGACAACAAUGGAGCAUCAUUUUAGAGUUGAUAUAUUUACUGCUGCAAUAAACUUCCAGUUACAAGAAUUGAAAAAUAGUUUUAAUGAGCAAGCUGUGGAACUUCUCAUUCUUAGCGUCGCUUUAAGCCCUAAAGAUGCAUACAAAUCAUUUAAGAUUGAUGAUAUAUGUAAGUUGGCUGAGAAGUUUUAUCCUCGAGAUUUCACCGAGCAAGAAAAAAUUUGUUUGAAAUUUCAGUUGCAACAUUAUAAGCUUGAUGUGCCAAAGCAUCAAGAUUUUCAAAAUAUGUCUACAUUAUCUGAGUUAUGCAGAGGAUUGGCAAUUUCAGAAAAAUCAAAGAUCUAUCUUUUGAUUGACAGAUUGAUUUGCCCAGUGUUGACUCUCGCUGUUUCUACUGCGACUACAGAGCGAGCUUUUUCUGCCAUGAAACUUAUAAAGACUAGAUUGCGUACUAGAAUGGAAGAUGAGUUUCUUGCAGACCAUUUGGUAGUAUAUAUUGAGAAAGAAAUUGCUAAGAAUUUCACUUCAGAGAUGAUAAUGGAUGAAUUUUAUUCCAUUAGCAAUCGUCGUCGAGCAUAA